UGAAGCAUGACUGUGUUGGACGCGGCAACGUUUUUAUUAAUGGUGAAUAAAAGAUAUAUUUAGUAAAAAUCAGUCAACAUGGCCAAUCCUAAUCUCACGGAUAUGACAGAGGAGGAUGCAGCAGAUCUGCAGUUCCCGAAAGAAUUUGAAAAUGCAGAGACAUUGUUGAUAUCAGAAGUUUAUAUGCUUCUUGAGCACAGAAAAGCUCAAAACGAAUCUGCGGAAGAAGAACAAGAAUUUUCCGAAGUUUUCAUGAAGAGCUUAACAUAUACUAACCGAUUUGGAAAGUUAAAAAAUAAAGAGACAAUCGCAGCUGUUAGAAGUUUAUUGAUGCAAAAGAAGCUACACAAAUUUGAAAUUGCUUCGUUAGCCAACUUGUGUCCCGAAACUCCUGAGGAGGCGAAAGCUCUCAUCCCGAGUCUCGAAGGACGCCUAGAAGAUGAAGAACUCAGAACGAUAUUGGAUGAUAUACAAACAAAAAGAUCAUUACAAUAUUAAAAUAAACUUUAUACAUGCUAUU